GUUCUCUCUCUCUCUCUCUCUAAAACUUGACUCCACUCUAUCAUCAACACUGCUAUUCAAUCUCUCUCUCUCUCUCUCUCUCUAAAACCAUUGGGUUAGGGUUUCUGAGAAUCACCUACAACCUACAAUAUGGCGAGGAAGAGAAGGUCACGCAUUGUCGACGAUGAUGAUGAAGACGAAAACGAACCAGCUGUAGCUUCCAACAACGAAGACGAAGAAGACGAUGAAGAAGAUUUGGAUGAGUUUGAGGAUGAUGGGUUUUUAGUAGAUGAUAAUGAUGAUGAUGAAGAAGAAGAAGAAUCGGAGGAAGAACAACAAAGCUAUAAAGGCAAACAAAAGAAAAAGAGGAAAAGGAAAAGAAAAUCGUUGAGGAGUCUUAUGCUUGAUGACGACGAUCUUGAGUUGAUUCGAGAGAAUGAAAACUUGAGCAUUAUGCAAUCAGAGAAGGGAGGUGCAAAGUUUAAGCGGCUCAAAAAGGUUGGGGUUGACACUGAACUGGAAGGGCCCUCUGGCAUUUCAGAUGACGAUGGACCACUAUUUAGUGAUGUUGCUGAAGAAGAUGAAUACGUGCCUGAUGAUGAAGAGGAUGAAAUGGCAAAUUUUAUAGUGGAUCAUGGAAAAUUUUAUGGGAAGGGAGCCCCCAUAAGUUCUACUUACAAAUCUCUUUCUUGCCAAAGAAAUCUGAAUGAAAAGAAGUCAAGGCAUGCAUCAAAAGCUUCAUCUGCAGUAGGGGAAGCUAGUUACACUUUUGGCAAUGCUGAUGAAGUACUGAAUCUUCAUGACCAAGUUAUAGCUGAGAGUGCCAGACCUGAUGAUUCUAAUGAUUUUGCACCUUUCAUCCUCAAAGACAAGUACAUGACAGAGAAGGAUGCUAUUAUAAAGGAGAUUGACUUGCCCGAGAGGAUGCAGAUAUUUGGGGAAGUCAUUGGGCCUGCUCCAGUUGACGAAAUGAGCAUUAUAGAGGAGUGUUCUUGGAUACUUGGUCAACUUGGGACGUAUGUGUAUCCAUUGUUCUGCAAGAUGCCGGAACAAGCUGAAGGAUUUGACCUAUGUAAAAGAAUUCGUAAGGAAGACAUUAUGAGCUUUUUGAAAUUGCAUCAUGUGGAGAAGUGUGAUAUUCCGUUUAUUGCUAUGUAUCGGAAGGAGCAGUGCCUGAGUCUCUUGAAAGACCCAGAGCAAGAUGAAGAAAGCAGGGAUAAGGUUGAUGCUAAGAGAAUGCCUAAACUGAAGUGGCACAAGGUUCUUUGGGCCAUCAAGGAGCUUGACAAAAAGUGGUUACAUCUUCAGAAGCGGAAGAGUGCUCUUCAGAGGUACUAUAACAAGCACUAUGAAGAGGAAUGUAGCAAUAUAGUCAGUGGGGCAAGGCUUGCCUUUAUUAAGGAGCUCUUUGAAACCACCAUCAAGUCUCUGAAGAAGGCUGAAUCUGAGAGAGAUGUUGAUGAUGUGGACAUGGAGUUUAGUUUACAUUUUCCUCCAACUGAGGGGGGCAAUGGUGGAAAAUAUAAGAGGCCUGCAAAGAAAUCACAAUAUAGCUACUGCAAUAAGGCUGGCCUGCGGGAGCUUGCACACAAGUUUGGUGACUCCAAGCAAUUUGGCUUCCAAAUAACUUUAGAGAGAACUGGAUUUAAGUUUGAUGAGGAUCCUGAGGAAUUUCCAGAGGAGAUAGCUUCAAAUUUUAUGUGUGAAAUGUUUGAAACUCCUGAAGCAGUGCUCAAAGGUGCUAGGCACAUGGCUGCAGUGGAUAUCAGCUGUGAGACAUUGUUUAGGAAACAUGCCCGUGGUAUUUUCAUGGAUAGAGCUUUAAUCUCAACAAGCCCUACCCCAAAAGGAAACAAGGAAAUAGAUUGUUUUCAUCAGUAUGCAGGGGUCAAGUGGCUACGCAAUAAACCACUCUCAAAAUUUGAGGACAUGCAGUGGCUUCUUAUUCAGAAGGCGGAAGAAGAGAAGCUCCUUGAAAUUACCAUAAAGUUGCCAGAGAGUGCCCUGGAUGAGUUGAUUAGUGCAUCCUAUGAUGUUUAUCUUAGAGACAAUGAUAAUAGAUCUGCUCAAAUUUGGAAUGAACAGCGCAAGUUAAUUCUAGAGGAUGCAAUUAAAAAUUUUCUUCUUCCUUCUAUGGAGAAGGAAGCAAGAGCUCUGUUGACCACCCGAGCAAAAAACUGGUUACUUAUAGAAUAUGGGAAGCAGUUCUGGAACAGGGUCUCUGUGGCGCCAUAUCAUUGUAAGGAAAAUGUUGUUAACAAGAAUAAAGGUAUUGCACCAAGGGUAAUGGCCUGUUGUUGGGGUCCAGGAAAGCCAGAAACUACAUUUGUAAUGUUGGAUUCUUCAGGAGAAGUGCUUGAUGUGUUGCAUGCUGGGUCAAUUACUAAGCGGUCACAAAUUGUUAUUCACCAGCAACAGAGGAAGAAUGACCAACAGCAUGUUCUUAAGUUCAUGAAAAAUUAUCGUCCACAUGUCAUUGUCUUAGGUGCUGCUAAUGUGGCUUGCACACGGUUGAAGGAUGAUAUCAAAGAGAUCAUUUUUAAAAUGGUAGAGGAGAAUACUGGAGAUAUCAGCCAAGUUAUGGAUGAGAUCAGCAUUGUUUAUGGGGAUGAAUCCUUUGCCCAUAUUUAUGAACAUUCACAGAUUUCCUCAGAACAGCUGUCUGGACAACCAGGCAUUGUAAAGCGUGCUGUGGCUCUCGGUCGUUACCUCCAGAACCCAUUGGCUAUGAUUGCAACAUUGUGUGGGGCCCAAAGAGAGAUAGUAUCUUGGAAACUUAGCUCCUUGGAUCACUAUCUUACAGGUGAUGAGAAGUGGGAGAUGAUAGAAUGGGUUAUGGUGGAUGUUACAAACCAGGUAGGUCUAGACUUGAACUUGGCUGCAAGCCAUGCCUGGCUUUUUGGGCCUUUGCAAUUCGUUUCCGGGCUUGGACCUAGAAAGGUGGCUUCAUUACAGAGGCAAUUACUUGGAGGUAAAGAAAUUAGAAAUCGAAGAGACUUAAUUAGUUGUGGACUGAGAGGAAAGAACGAUUUCUAUAAUGCAGUUGGUUUUUUACGAGUUUGUUGUAGUGGACUGCAUUAUACUGGCAAAGAUACUAAUCUGUUGGAUAAUACAAGAAUUCACCCUGAGUCAUAUAGUCUUGCAGAGGAUUUGGCAAAGGCAGUUCAUAAAUUUCAUGUUCAGGAUGAUGCAAAUAAUGCUGAUUCCCUGGAAGAGCCGGUACAGUACAUUAAUGACAAUCCACAACUGCUAAAAAGUUUUGAUAUUACUGAUUAUUCGGAAAAAUAUGAAAUAGAAAUGGGAGAAAACAGAAGAGAGACUCUUUAUGAUAUUAGAAUGGAACUUCUUCAUGGAUUUCGAGAUCCUCGAAGGCCUUAUGAAGAACCAACUCAGGAUGAGGAAUUUGAUAUGGUAUCUGGAAAAAAUGGGAAUGCUCUUGCUGAAGGAAGAAUAGUCCAGGCAACAGUUCGCAAUUUGCAAUCUCAUCGAGCUUUCUGUGUGCUUGACUCAGGCUUGACUGGGGUACUCGUAGAGGAAGACUUUUCAGAUAAUGCUGAUGGCAUUUCUUUAGCAGACAAGCUGCAUGUAGGUGAUAUUCUUACCUGCAAGAUCAAACAAAUAGAAAAAGACAAAUUCCAGGUGUGUCUGACUUGUAAAGAAAGUGAAUUAAAGAGUAAUGGAGACCAAAACUCUUCUGAAGCAGACCCUUAUUACAGUGGAGGCCAGAGCAGUUUACGAAAUCAGCAGGGGAAAGCCCACAAUGGGGAGCUAGCAAAGAAGCCUUUCAACCCAAGGAUGAUUGUUCAUCCUCAUUUUCAGAAUCUAACUUUGAAUCAAGCAAUGGAGUUCCUAUCAAAUAAGGAUGCUGGAGAAUUUAUUUUUCGCCCUAGUGCCAGAGGUCCAUCUUAUCUUACUUUAACUCUGAAAAUCUGUGAUGGACUUUUUGUGCACAAAGACAUCACCGAAGGGGGAAAGGAUCACAGCAAUAUUACAAGCUUGCUUCGUCUUGGAAAGACAUUAAAAAUAGGGGAUGAUUACUUUGAGGAUAUUGAUGAGGUUGUGGAUCGUUAUGUUGACCCACUGGUAACCCACCUGAAAACAAUGGUUAGUUUCCGAAAAUUCAAGAGGGGUUCAAAAGCAGAGGUUGAUGAAGUGUUGAGAGUAGAAAAAUCAGAAUAUCCGACUAGAAUUGUUUACUGUUUUGGAAUUUCUUAUGAGCAUCCUGGAACUUUCAUCUUGUCUUAUAUAAAAACCACACAUCUACGUCAUGAGUUUGUUGGUCUGCAUCCCAAGGGAUUCAAGUUUAGGAAGCAAAUGUUUGGGAAGAUUGAGCAUUUGGUGGCAUAUUUCCAGAAGCAUAUUGAUGAUUUGCAGCAUGAGUCAGCACCAAUGCAAAAAUCUGCAUUUGGGGGUUCUUCUGUAAAGACUAGUGAUUGGGGAAGCAAUGAUAGUGGUUGGCAAAGCCAGCCAAAAUCAGGCUUAGACAAAUCUACCCCUUUUCCAAGAGAUACAAAUGACUAUGGAGAUGGUGGCCAAGGCCUUGGUCAUGGGCGUGGACGUGGACGUGGUCGUGGGCGUGGUCGUGAUGACAGCAGCCAUGAAAAUAAAGAUUCUGGUUAUGAUACAUACUCAAAGUCGGACUUUGGUUCGAAGGAUGGAGAUGGGGGUGGUGGUGGAUGGAGCACUUUUCAUAGUGAAAAAGUUCAGAAUUCACCCAGCAAAUGGGAUAGUGAUUGUACUAAUACUAAUGGAGGAAAUUGGGGGGGUGUAGGUGAUGGUACAGGGAGUUGGAGUGGGGGUGCAAGGGAUAACAACAAUAAGACUUUCUCUGGUGAGCCGGGCAGUGGUGGAACUGAUGGUGUUGGUGGAACAAGUUGGGGACCUAGUGGUGGUACAGGUGGUUGGGGUGAUAGCACUAGCAGUAAGGGUGGAGGUGCAGGUGGUGUCACUUGGGGUGACAGCAAGGGAGCUGAAAGUAAUAGUGGUGGCAAUCAAGGGGGCAAUAAUGUACUUGGCCAUGGGGGUGCAAGUGAGAACAAAAAUAAUACUUUUUUUGGUGAGUUGGGCAGUGGUGGAACUGAUGGUGUUGGUGGAACAAGUUGGGGACCUAGUGGUGGUACAGGUGGUUGGGGUGAUUGCAAUAAGGGUGGAGGUGCAGGUGGUUGGGGUGAUAGUAGUAAGGGUAGAGGUGCAGGUGGUGUCAUUUGGGGCGGCAGCAAGGGAGCUGAGAGUAAUAAUGAUGGCAAUCAAGGUGUUAAUAAUGGAUGGAGCCAUGGGGGUAGUGAUGGUGGAUGGAGCAAUUCUCCCGAUGCCAAAAUUAAAAAUUCACCUGGAAAAUGGGAUAAUAAUCAUGCUAAUGCUAGUGGUGGAAAUUGGGGUGGUGGUGGUGAUGGAACUGGUGGUUGGAGUAGGGGUGGGAGUGCCAGUUUUGGCAAUUGGGAUAACAAUGGGGAAGGUGGGCAUACUAGUGGUUACAAAAUGGGUUGCUCCAAUGAUCACGGUUAUGGACAAGGACAAGGACGUGGUCCUAAUCGUGGUCGAGGUCGUGGUCGAGGUCGUGGACGUGGACGUGGACAUGGACGUGGACGUGACUCUUAUAACAUAGGGGAUGAGGACAACAAUCAUAGUGGUGGAACUAAUACUGGUGGUUGGAGUGGGGGUGGGAGUGCCAGUUUUGACAAUUGGGAUAACAAUGGGGAAGGUGGGCAUACUAGUGGUUACAAUAUGGGUUGCUCCAAUGAGCAUGGUUACGGACAAGGACGAGGACGUGGUCCUAAUCAUGGUCGAGGUCGUGGUGGUCAAGGUCGUGGUGAAGGUCAUGGACGAGGCCGUGGCCAAGGUCAUGGGCGUGGACGUGGACGUGACUCUUAUAACAGUAGGGAUGAUGACAACAAUUAUACUUCCUUUAGUGGGUUGGGCAGUGGUGGAACUGAUAGUGCUGGUGGAACAAGUUGGGGACCUAGUGGUGGUACAGGUGGUUGGAGUGAUAGCAGUAAGGGUAGAGGUGCAGGUGGAGGAAGUGGGGAACGCAGCGGUAGUACAGGUGGUUGGGGUGAUAGCAGUAAGGGUAGAGGUGCAGGUGGUGGCACCUGGGGUGGCAGUUAGGGAGCUGAGAGUAACAGUGGCAGCAGCAUUGGAUGUGAUCUGGGGGUGACUGGAGUAGAAAUGCCGGCAGUGGCUGGUGAAAAUAUCUUGGGAAGUGUAGGAUUUCAGUUAGCAGUGAUUAGUGAAAUUCCUUCCAUAUGUGGGAUUAUGUUAUUAGUGUAGAUUGGGAUCAAGGGUUGCUUUUAUAUUUUGUGUUGUAGUAAGCGAACAAGCAUGGCCUCAAAUGGCUCUCCUUUCUUGAAAGAUAAGGUAAAUGGUAAGAUCUUGUGAUCAAGAUCCACCUAGUACUUGUUAACUUAUCUAUGGAAAGUGGAAAAAAGGUUUAUGCGAACAAGCUUGGCUUUA